UCUACUUCUUUAUAGCAACAAUGUCUCACUUUGCAACUCCUUUUAUUACUGUAAACUUGGGCUGUGAGAUGGUUUAUGUCAUUGAACAAAGAUUAAAGGCCCAAAAUAUUGCAGCAGAGAAGUGCGAGAGAGUACUCACCGACGUAAUGACAGUGCUGCUACACCCAACACUUUUAGAAGAGCUAUUUAUACCGCAACCGGUCGCAACACAUGCCGUUGUCAAACAACUUCUUCAAGAUAUCUCGGCCACGUCUAUCAUGAAACUAGACGAUUAUUCCAUGAGCAAAUUAUGGGAUUUAAUGACUAUGAUAUUCAAAUGGCAAUUAUCAGUGGCUACAAAUCAAAACAUUUUUGACAUUACCCGGCGACAUUUAAAAAGUGUUGCCAUAAUAAUGCCUAAAAAUUUCCCGAAAUGCAUCAUCGAGCAUACGAUGAGGAAAUUCGAGGCGCUGGCUCAACGUUUUACAGACGAUGAUUAUAAAUGUUUGAGCAACACUCUAAUCCUUUGGUUUUCCGAAUACCACACAAAAAUAUCCGUUUUGCUAAGACUAGGAUUGCAAAGGAAGGAUGGGACGUUCAAUUUGCCUUUAACAAUAAGUCCAAAUAUAAUUAGUAACUUAGGGGAAAAUAUUUAUAAGUAUGACAAUAAGAAGAAGUCUGUCGAGGAAUAUGAAAGUCGAUGUGCUGACACUCAUGAGAUUAGAUGUCUUUUAGGACCUAUAGAAAAAGUGUCUACCGUAAAAGCAAAGGUUGAGUUACAGCUCCCAAUAGAACUGUAUAAUAAAGAAUCUCAGAAGAAAACCAUUGAAAUAAAUCGAGAUACUCAAUUUGAAGCUAUUGUUAUGACUCAAAUCAGAAACAAAACUACUGAUCUUAAUUUCGUCCCUGAUAUACCAAAAUCCCCCAAUGAAGAUUUAUUAGAAAUGAUGGACGAAUUAGAUUUAAAUGUAUAGGUUAAUAAAAAUAAAAUUUAGUCUAACUAUACCUAUCAAAGGACUAU